AUGACUUCACUCCUCGCGGCUAUUUCGGCCCUGUGCUUGAUAGAGACCGUGUGGGCUGAGCCUAUACUCUCAUUUCCAUUCAAUGCGCAGUUGCCUCCCGUCGCCAGGCCAAACGUGCUUUUCUCAUACUCAUUUUCUCCAAACACAUUUCAAUCCGACUCCAACAUGACGUACUCUCUAGGAGAUCAUCCCAGGUGGUUAUCAAUCGAGAGUGAGAGUCGGCGCCUUUACGGGACGCCAAAGGACGAGGAUAUCCCUCCGGGCGAGGUUGUAGGCCAGCAGUUUGAUCUCAUUGCCACGGACAAUAUUGGCUCGACAUCCAUGAAUGCUACUCUUGUCAUCUCGCGCAAUCCACCGCCUUCCAUACAAGUCCCGAUUUCGCAGCAGAUGGAUAAUUUCGGGCAAUUCUCAGCUCCGUCCUCCAUCUUAUCCUAUCCGUCGACCGAUUUCAACUAUACCUUUGACCCGAGCACGUUUGGCACCGGGAAGAACCUCAACUACUAUGCAUCAACUAAUGACAACACUCCGUUGCCGGCAUGGAUCAGGUUCAACGACCAAACGAUGACCUUCUCUGGCAGGACUCCGGACUUUGAGACGUUGGUCCAGCCUCCGCAGAAAUUCGACUUCAAUCUCGUUGCGUCUGACAUUGUCGGCUUCGGGGGGACGUGUCUUUCAUUUGCAAUAAUAGUGGGAAGCCACAAGCUCUCCACAGAUCAGCCAGUCAUUCUUCUAAACGCUACAAGAGGAUCCAAGGCGAGCUACGAUGGGUUGGCAAAGGGUAUCCAGUUAGAUAACGAGGUCAUCCAGCCCGGUUCCCUCAAUGUGUCGGUCGAGAAUAUGCCGUCCUGGCUAAAUCUUGACCAUGGAACGCUGCUUCUAGAGGGGACUCCGAAGGAUGAUGACCAUUCCACGAAUUUCACAAUCAUCAUUCAUGACUCCUUUGCUGACACGCUGAACGUUUUUGUGCAAGUCGACGUGGCCUCGGGAUUGUUUGAGUCAAGUCUCGAGGACAUCAAAGUACAGCCCGGAAAUAGCUUCAGCCUAGACCUUACCUCACAUUUUCGCGAACCAAACGACAUCGAGCUCAACGUUGAUAUUGAUCCGGAAGAGAGCUGGCUACAAGUCCAAGGGCUCAAGCUAUCGGGCAACGUCCCCAAAGCAGUAACCGGCAAGUUCAACUUGUCCAUCAAAGCCGUUUCAAAAAGCACCGGUCUUUCGGAGACACAAACGCUUCACGCCGAAUUUCUCCCACCCUCUGAAGCAACAAACACGACAUCGUCGUCUGAGCCUACAACGCCGGUCAGUGCGACCUCCAAAGACUCCCAGCGUCACCACAUGGGCACAACCGAUGUUCUCCUUGCGACUAUCCUACCAGUUCUUUUCAUUACUUUCGCCAUCAUGCUGCUUGUAUGCCUCAUGCGCAGGCGGCGGCACCGCAGCACUUACCUUUCGGCAAGAAAGCAUCGACCCAAGAUAUCUGAUCCAAUACGGUUCACUCUACGCAAUAGCGAGUCAGACGCAGAGACAAUCUACCAUGUGGAGGAGACUAUUCGUCCAAAAACGUCCAACCCGCAGUUAUCUCGGAAAGCCGACGGCUACCACGUGGGGGGGAGGAUUCGUCCUAUCAGGUCCAAUACACGACUAUUUAAGAAGGGCGAGGGUAUCUUUGCAGACGUAGCGUCACGAGUAUCAUCAAGGUCAAGGGCAUCGGGUACCUUGGGCGGCGGCUCGGUUGUGCGUGCUCCGCCAUGUCCGAUGGUCUCGGGAGCUCGGUCUGCCACGGCCAGGAGCGUCAGCCCACUGGGAGAUGAUGAAGAUCACCGCUCGUGGUUUACGGUGGAGAGGACGACAGUUGGUGAAAGAAGCCACAAGUCGUCAAACAGCGACCAGUCAGACACGACCCUACCUGAAGUCGCCCUGCCAUACUUACCCACGUCUGGGUUUCUCUCAGAUGCAGGGGAGAGUGCAUUCAGGAGCGGAUUAGAUAUAACUCUGCCUUCGUUGGACGAUUUGGCCAACAUCCAGCCCCUUACUGUGGCACAACAAACAUCAGGCCAGCGAUCCAGCUCUGGAGCCUUUUCAGCUACAACGUCGAGCUCGGCCGCACUGCCAACAGAUCUUGCCCUUAUUCAAGAGCCAUUUGACCCCAGUCUCGUUAGUCGAGCAAACGCGAAGGCCAAGGAGCCUGUAUUAAAAGCGCUGGAAAGGGCCGAGGCAGCAGAAAGCGUUUCAGAUAUAAAGCAGCCAGGCCUGGCGCGGCUUUCAAGUCAUCAAUGGCUCAGUCGCCGGGGCUCCUCCUGGAAAGAAGUGGAUUCUGUGACUGGAGCCAAGAGCUUCCGCACAGAGCCGUCGUUCGGAUCCAACGAGAACUGGCGCGUCAUCGGACGACGAGACCCAAGCAUAGCAUACCUAGAGCUUGUAGACGAAACGCCCUUCUUCCCGUCAAGGACGAACUCGAAAAACAACCUGGGGCAACCGGAAGAGCGGCGCAGUCUCGAGCUCAUGUCGCCCAGCAAAUGGGGCGAGGACGAGCGGAAGAGCACAAUACGGCCGAUGCGGUCCACGAGCGCAAUCUCGGUGCUGAGCGAUGACGGCGCAUCCGUAUUUGGGGAGCGAGAAGCAGUGGCAAAGGCAAAGGCGGCGGCUUGUAAGAGAGAGGAUUCAGCCAAGCUAUCAGAGCAAAGCUUCGGGGCGUUUAUAUAAGGGUGGGAAAGGAGAGCUGCUUUUUGGUUGGGUUUAUGUUUAUUUUCUUUUUGUCCAUUCUGUUACUAAGAGCAUGCUGGAUACCAUAUGAAGCUUGUUAGAGUUUUUGCUGAAGAAUUAGACGCACUCGCAUGAUGAAUU